UACAGAUUCUUAUAAGGCUGGAAUAUCAAAUAGAACUGCCAGAUCAUGAUUGGGUUGUUGCUGAAAGGCAUAAACUGAUCUCUUCAGUUUAUGCAAUAUUAGAUGUACAUAAAGAUAAAUAUGAGCAAGCUGAAGCAGUAACAUAUUCAGGUUCAACAUUCAUAAGAAUUUGUAGUAGUAAACAUGAUAGCAGUACUGCUUACUCUCAUGGCAAAGACUUCGAUGACCUGAUAUUAAGGACAAGUGAUGAGGAAUUGGAAAAACGCAAUUUCAAAGCGGCUGGAGAUGUUUUGGCAUCAGUGUGGGAGGAUACAAUUAUCAAUGGUUAUCAGUGGAAUCAAACAGAUCCUUCUGAAUCGCUUUUUCCCACCACCACUUCUGAUCCAACAGAAGCUUCAAAUAUUUUCCCUUCGAUUGGAGCUUUGAAAAUCUAUAUUAAAAAAUAUAAAAAAUUCAACUUAUCUAAAGAACCUGUUUUGGAUAUUCAAGAUAACAAAAGUAGUAAAAUUAUGCAGAUAGAUGAAGAAGCAGUACCAGAAGAUCUGUUAGAAACCUAUCCUCAGCAAGUGCAAGUUCAAGAAAAGUUGAUUGCAGAUAGAGUAUUAAUAGUUAACUGGGAUAUUUGGAAGCAAUGCGAGUAG